GUAUCGACUCAAAAGAUAUACAUACAGUGCUUAAUUUGCCAAGAACGUCAAUUGCGAAAACCUGAAAACUUAAAGCGUCAAUCAGUAAAAGAUUACCUGUAGAAACUAAUGGCCGUAUUGUUGAAUAUCAGUUAAAAAAAGUUAAAAAUACAAACAGCAACAACGAUUACAUAAGCAAAAACAAAACAAGCAUACAAAUGGAAAAGUGUCAUGAAUACAUACAAUGGAGCAGUUUUAACUGGUUUGGAGAAAUAAUACUUAUUAUCUUUUUUUCCAUUGGCUUUAUCGUUUCUGGUAUUUCAUUAGAUUUAUAUGGUGAUACUUCAUUUAAUUGUUAUAAUGAGAUUAUAUCAAAGACCAAAGAAAGCUCUCUCUUAAAAAACAUUGAAUCAAGAUGUUUCAUACAAUACAAAGACGGACUAACUUUCAAGUAUGCUGUUUUUCUUGUGGUGUGUUUGAAUUUUGGCAUUGUCUUAAUUUGGAGUAUUGUCUAUGGAUAUUAUGUAAAGCGUCGAAAUGAACAUAAUGAUAAUGACAGUCCAAUAGAAAUCAGUAACGAACAAAGUAAACCUCUACUUGGAGAAUAUAGCGAAGAAAUUCAUCAAUCUAAUAACGUUGCGUUUAAUUCCUCAUUUUACAUUUACAUAUUUCAUUUGGUGGUUCGCUUCAUCAUAUUGUCUGUCUUUGUUGGAUUACUUUUCUCUGCCAAGUUUCCCAUUAACUACACCUGUAAAAGACGUCCAACUAUGAAAGAAAUUUUCUUGUUAAAUCACACCAUUUCUACCAUUGUUUGUGUAAAUCCCAACGGCUAUAAAAGUGAAACCUUAAUUAUAGUUGUUUUAUCUGCCGAUUUCAUUGUAAUAACACUAACUGUUUUGGAGCUGUGUUACUUGACGUAUAAGGCUUGGACUGGUAACUCUUUUAAAAGUAAGGAUAAAUUUUGUACAGUUUACUUGCAUCAAAAACCGGAAAAAUCGUUGGAAGAAAAUAAGAACAAAAGUGCAAAAUGGUUGGAGAAAAAUAAAAACGAUCUUUACACCAACAAAGUUUUUGAAGUACACGACAACUUUGGUGAUGAGAACAAAAAGUGGCGAAAUCUUGAUAAUAUUUAUGUCAACGUCAUACUACAAGCAGAGAGGCAAUUAAAGAAUGCUUACCCAGAAACUUUUAAUCGGCACGAAAUCUUUCAUUCUUACCUUGAAUUAAGAAAUGAUGCAAAAAAACUAACAAGAAUAACUGAGAUUUUUAAACCAAUCCUAGGUGAGCAGAGCACGUCGUAUCCAAGGUCUAUUUUAGUCAUUGGAAGACCGGGAAUUGGUAAAACUAUGCUGACUAAGAAACUUAUAUACGAGUGGAAAAAUAAUCGAGAUGAAUUUUGGCAUGAUAAACUUGUUGUUUUAGUGAAAUGUCGUGAUCUUAAAACUUCCGACAUUACUCUCAAAGAAAUGUUAUAUCGGUGUGAUGGACUAAAAGAUAAACAUUAUUCUCAAGUUUACCAAUUCAUAAUCACUUAUCCAAAGCAAACUGUCAUUAUCAUCGACGGACUCGAUGAAUUAUUUUUAAAUCGUUUAGAGUUCCAUGAAACAAAGAACUCUGUAUUUAAACUAAUAAAAAAGUUAGUUGAAGGUGAAACGCUGUCUGAUGCCAUUGUUCUAGUAACAUCACGACCCACAGCUGAACAUGCAUAUGGGGAUUUAAAGUUUGACAGGACUGUGGAAAUCUUGGGCUUUUUCGAAGAUCAGAUUAAAGAAUACAUCAACAAGUUUUGUGGCAAAGACAAGAAUACAGCCAAAAACAUUUAUAAGCACAUUAAUACUUCUCUUGAACUUAAAAGUUUGUGUUAUAUUCCUGUGAAUAGUUACAUUGUUUGUCUGACCCUAAAAGAGAGCUUAACAUGUAAGGCUAAAGAUAUUCCAAAAACCAUCACUGAGUUGUAUAACAGAGCAAUCAAAGUCUUGCUGUGGAAGCAUCAUCCACUUUGCAAAUCAGGUAAAAUACCAAGAAACAAUGAUUAUCUUAUAAUUCCUUUGCCACCCGAGCUCAAAAAAGAUAUUGAAAAAAUAAAAGAUAUUGCAGUUAGUGGAAUUGCCGAAGGAAAUUUGAUUUUUGAAAAAAGAAGUGAUAGUGCUUUUCAUGAGGUAGAAAAUUGUGGUAUAUUUCACCGUAUACCGGAUGUAUCACGCUUUCAGUACUGUUUCCUACAUUUGACUAUUCAAGAGUUUCUGGCUGCGCAAUGUAUUGUAGACAAAUUGAGCGAAAUUCCACAGUUUUUGGAUAAUUAUGUGUCAGAUCCUAAAUGGCAUUUGGUGAUACAGUUUGUUGCUGGUUUAAUUGGAGACAAGAAGAGAUCUGACUAUAUUGGAGAUACUAAAAUAGUAGAAGAGGUUGAACAAAAAUUUAAAGAUUGGAUUUCAAACAUGUUUUCCUUCACUGGAGAUAAAGUCCUUGGUUUUCUUGGAGUAAAGUGCCUAUACGAGUUGCAGGACAAAGAUGUCUUGAGGUCAGCUUGCACGGAGUUAGAGAAUUUUUCUCAAAAAACGCAGAUUGAUGGAGUUUCUUUUACGCCUGUUGAUUCAAACGCAAUGUUUGAAUUUCUUUCUGAAUGUGAACACAUAACACGUCUUUCUUUUCACGAUUGCAAGUUUCUUGAUAAUCAUAGCUUUCUUCCUUUAAAAAACUAUUUGUUAAAUAAGGGAGCGAAAAAUUUGAUUAGCUUAACUUUUUCUAUGAGUGCUUUCGGCAAUUAUUUUGGGAAGCAUCUAAGUGAAGCUUUGACAAGUAAGAAUUGCAAACUUACUCAGUUGGUAAUGGAUCACAAUUAUAUAAGGGGCGAAGGUGCUAAAUAUCUUAUUGAAGCAUUAAAAAGUGAGAAUUGUAAACUUACUAAGUUGAUUAUGGAUUGCAGCAGUAUAGGUGAUGAAGGUGCUCAAUAUCUUAGUAAGGCAUUGAAAAGUGGGAAUUGUAAACUUACUGAGUUGAUAAUAAAUUACAACAGUAUAGGUGAGGAAGGUGCUCAAUAUUUGAGUAAAGCAUUGAAAAGUGGGAAUUGUAAUCUUACUAAGUUGGAAAUGAGCGAUAACAACAUUGGUGAUAAAGGUGCUAUAUAUGUUAGUGAAGCAUUGAAAAGUGAGAAUUGUAAACUUACUGAGUUGACAAUAUAUCAAAACAGUAUAAGUGAUGAAGGUGUUCAAUAUCUUAGUGAAGCAUUGAAAAGUGGAAAUUGUAAACUUACUGAGUUCUACAUGAGAGAUAACAGCAUUGGUGAUAAAGGUGCUAAAUAUGUUAGUGAUGCAUUGAAAAGUGAGAAUUGUAAACUUACUAGUUUCUUAAUACAUGAGGGCAAUAUGGGUCAUGAAGGUACUAAAUAUCUUAGUGAAGCAUUGAAAAGUGAGAAUUGUAAACUUACUAUGUUGGGAAUGAGUGGCAGCAAUAUAUGUGAUGAAGGUGCCAAUUAUCUUAGUGAAGCAUUAAAAAGUGAGAAUUGUAAACUUACGGAAUUGCUUAUAACGGGUAACAAACUAGGUGAUGAAGGUGCUAAAUAUCUUUGUGAAGCAUUGAAAAGUGAGAAUUGUGAACUUACUAAAUUGUAUCUAAUGCAAAACAAAAUAGGUGACGAAGGUGCUAAAUAUUUUAGUGAAGCAUUGAAAAGUGAGAAUUGUGAACUUACUGAAUUGUAUCUAUAUCAUAACAAAAUAGGUGAUGAAGGUGCUAAAUAUCUUCGUGAAACAUUGAGAAGUGAGAAUUGUAAACUUACUACAUUGUAUAUAUAGCAAAACAAUGAACGUGAUGAAGGUUAUAAAUAACUUAGCUUGGUGAAGCAUUGAAAAGUAAGAAUUGUAAACUUACUAAGUUGGUAAUGUUUUUUAAUAAUAUAGGUGAUGAAGAUGCUAAAUAUCUUAGUGAAGCAUUGAAAAGUGAGAAGUGUGAACUUACUGAAAAGUACUUCAACCUGAAACUCGAGCUCAAACUCUUAAUGCAUAUCUAUAGCCAUUACACUUCCUGAUUUAAAAGUCAUUUUGCAAACUUUCAUAUGUUUUAUGAAAAACGUUAAUUUAUUCGUUUUCUUUAUAAUAUUGUUCAAUUAUUUAAUUGUUUUGUUAACCUUACAACAUUUACUGAAAGCAGUAGAAAAUGUAACAAACAAUGAUAAACGUCAACGAUUUUCUCACUUUUAAUUAUCUUAUGAAAUGUAAAUAAUAAACAUGAACAAACGAAUGUAUUGAGUAAAAAAUCCUUUUGAAUCAAAAUUUUUAUAAAUGAAUUCCCACCAUUAACCAUAUAAACGCAAAGUUGUGAUAUAAAAAGUAUUUAAAGAGCGGAAAGUUUAAAACAAAACCUCUUUUAACGUCUUGUAAGGUCACCAUUGUGCAGAAAUAUAGUUUUUAUACAUUUCUACCUAAGUGUGACUGACAAUAAAAUUUUUCUAUAAAAGUAUUCAUCUUUAAUAUAUAUCUAUUUUAUGUACGUAUUAUAUGAAAAUCAAAACAUUUAUAGUGUUUUAA